CUGGCACAUAUCGCUCCCACACCUGCAUAUACCUUAAGGUAUAAAGGUAUCUUACCUAGGUCCAAGGUUAGGUACCUAACAUAAUAAUUAAUACCCAAGGUAUAAAUAACCUAAGGUAUAACCUAAGGUAUAAUAGCGUUACGAUGUCACAGCAGCCUCAACAUCGCCCGGGUCCGCCUUAUGCUCCUACUACCGCGGCCCUAGGCGGUAUCCCUUCUGUUAUACCCGACGUUCCCAUAUCCGCUGUCUUCAUCGCCAUAUACGUAGCGUUCGCUACCAUUAACAUGGUAAUAUUCCAGCUUAACAAUCGGAGAGCUUAUAAAUUCGUCCCGUCCGUCGCGCUGUUCGGCUUCUGCAUGGCCCGCAUAGUCACCCUCAGCUUACGGAUAGCGUGGGCGAAUCGGCAGACCAACGUUCGUCUUGCUAUCGCAGCUAAUAUCUUCGUCAAUGCUGGCAUCCUCAUCGUCUACGUCGUCAAUCUCAUAUUCGCUCAGCGCAUUCUACGAGCGAAACAGCCAUCUAUUGGUUGGAACACCGCGCUUCGCAUCCUCUACAGAGUUCUCUACGCUGGUAUCGCCUGUGCUCUUAUCAUGGUUAUCACCGCCGUCGUCUUGUCCGUGUACCGUUUGGAUCCCUAUACGCUACGAGCUUGUCGGGAUGUUCAACUAACGUCCGGAACCUACCUUCUCGUCAUCACUGCCCUACCCAUCUUCCUGACCGCCGCCGCUUACCUCUUACCUCGAACCCCCAAUCAAGAAAGAUUUGGAGAUGGAAAGAUGAGGACUAAGGCUGUGAUAGUCAUUGCGACAGCGUGCCUGUGCAUGUUAAAUGCGGGCUUCAAGGCCGGUACCGCCUACUCGCCGCAACGACCACUCCAUGACCCGGCCUGGUAUCAUGGCAAGGCUCCAUUCUACGUUUUCAACUUCGCAGUCGAGAUACUGAUCCUAUGCGUCUUAACCCUAACAAGGGUCGACAAACGAUUCUACAUUCCGGACAGGAGCAGCGAGCCCGGCCACUACUCUGGUCGCGUCGAAUCUUCGCCAGAGAGUGUUGGGGAGGUUGCUGUCGGAAAGCAGCGUCGAGAGGAGGUUGCAACUUUGAGUGAUGUUUGAUUAUAUAUAAGGUAUAUAUAUACCAUAUAUAUAUUACUAUUUAAUUUAAUUUUGGAAGGUGGGCGAUUUAAGAAGGAAUACAAUGAUACCCCAUAGAGCGGUAAUAUCUUAGGUACCUACUAAUCCACCUCACCUAUAAUAUAGUACCAACUGGAUGUCUCUAUUUCGUAUGUCAUAA